AGAUUAUCCUGAGACUGACACAAAGGACAGGAGCCUGUGUGUGUGAGGCCAGAGACUCCCCGUGUCACCACAGUCUACAUCCAGGUGUGUGUGAGACUCCCCGUGUCACCACAGUCUACAUCCAGGUGUGUGUGAGACUCCCCGUGUCACCACAGUCUACAUCCAGAGUUUACCAGAGACUGACGCAGCAUACAGACCUGAGGAGGACCAACACUAGCAACAACCUUCUGUCUGCCCUGCCUUUCUCUUCCUCCUCCAGUCCUCCCAGCCACCCAUGCUCUGUGAGGCUUUCUAUCCUCUCCUUUCCCUGGGCAUAAUGCUUCAUCUCUACUGCUGAGCUCUCCCUUACCCCACCUUACCCCCUAACCUUACCCCACCAUGACCAGUCUGAAGCGGUCUCAGACGGAGCGUUCGGUGGGCGGCUCGGUACCGGCCUCUGAUGAAUUCUACACCCGUCGCCUGCGCCUUCCCAAUGGUGGCGCCCCCCCACCCCGCUCGGAGAGCACCCACCUCACCUCCUCUUCCUCAUCCGGCUCAUCUUCCUCCUCCACCCCGGGGGUUCCCAAGAUGGGAGUCAGGGCCCGCGUGGCGGACUGGCCACCAAAACGGGAUGGAACAGGCGGGGUGUGGCACAUCACCGUAGAUACGGACUCCCCGAGUUCCACCAUGUCAUCUUCAGGUGGCGGAGAAUGUGGGUCAGGCGGGUCGGCCGGGGAACGCGGUUCGGCCGGGGAACGCGGGUCGGCCGGGGAACGCGGGUCGGCCGGGGAACGCGGAGAAAGAGAACGGAGCUCGGGUUCAGGCUCGGCGCCCACGGCCCAUAGCAACCUGUCAGCUAAACUGGGCCACCUGAUCAGCCCUCAGGACUCCUCGAUGCUCCGGAACAUCCACAACACCCUGAAGAGCAAGAUGCACCACAGCAGACAUCACAGCAAAGACAACCGCUACCUGUCGCCAGACGGCUACCAGGGCUCGCCGCGUAAAGGCAUGAGGCGUAUCCGCCAGCGCUCCAACAGUGACAUCACGAUCUCUGAGCUGGAGGGUGACGGUGGCGAGGGCUGGUCCUUCUCCGGCUGGACGCCCAUGCAUCGAGAGUACGGCAGCACCUCUUCCAUAGACAAACAUGCAGGCUCAGGGGAGAGCUUCUUCGAUAUGCUCAAGGGCUAUACAUCCCAGGAGGCUCCUGAUCAACGCAGCCCGGCGCCGGACAGACUUGGUGAGCUGCUGACGGUGGCCCCGCACAAACAGGCUGCCCUGGAUCUACCUGAUGGACCCCUGGGUCCUACCAGAGGUAGCCCCGCCAGUCGCCUGAAGGAAAGAGAGAAACACCUGAAGAGGAGGUCCAAGUCGGAGACUGGAGGGGAGUCCAUCUUCAGGAAGCUCCGCAGCGUCAAGGCCGAGGGUGACUCGUCCCGGGCUGGGUCUGAUGUGGAGGAUGGGGUGCGGGAGGACGUCAGCGGCCCCCCUCCUAAACCCUGGUCCUGUCAGAAAGGCUUCGCUCACUUUGACGUGCAGAGUAUCCUCUUCGACCUCAACGAGGCCAUCCAGGGUCGACAGUCUGGUGGGAAACGCAAGAACACCACCACGGGCGCCUCCGCUGCGGCCGCCGCCUCGGCCUCCGCCACUUCCUCGCUCUCGUCCAAUCAGAGCGGGGUAUGCGGCGGGGGCGGGUCUCCGUGCGGGUCCCAGGAGGAGCUGAGCGGGAAGGAGGGGGGCACGGGACAGGGAGGGACUCACACCACUAACCCUGCCCUAGACCCAGGUGAUGAGAAGAGCAACGAUCUGGUGCUGAACUGUCCUUGUUUCAGGAAUGAACUGGGAGGAGAGGGAGAGAGGAACAUUGGCCUCUCUAAACGGGGCCAAACGAUCUGUCCCCACUCAAGGGGUCCAUACUACAGGAAAUACUUCUAUCUGAGAGAGCAUUGGAACUACCUGGGUGUAGAUGACACUCUGGGUCCAGUAGCAGUGAGUUUGAGGAGAGAGAAGCUCGAAGAACACAAGGAGCAUGGACAGCAGUACAACUACAGAGUCAUCUUCAGAACCAGCGAGCUCACCACCCUGCGUGGGUCUAUCCUGGAGGAUGCGGUGCCAUCCACCUCAAAGCAUGGCCUGGCUCGGGGUCUACCCCUCAAAGAGGUGCUAGAUUACCUGGUACCAGAGCUGAACGCCCACUGUCUCAGACUGGCUCUCAACACACCUAAAGUCACAGAGCAGCUGAUGAAGCUGGACGAACAGGGGUUGAGUUUCCAGUUGAAGGUGGGCUUCAUAACUAUAAAUAAUGUGCCCGGUGAAAUGAAGAUCAUGUUGACUGCAGCUGACUCAACAGGGACCCACUCCCUGUACACCACCUAUAAGGACUACGAGGUGAUGUUUCAUGUCUCCACCAUGCUGCCCUACACACCCAACAACAAACAACAGCUCCUGAGGAAGCGUCACAUAGGGAAUGACAUAGUGACCAUCGUAUUCCAGGAGCCCGGGGCUCAGCCCUUCACCCCCAAGAACAUACGGUCACACUUUCAACACGUGUUUGUAGUGGUGAGAGCACACCAACCCUGCUCUGACAACACCACCUAUAGCGUGGCGGUCACUCGUUCUCGUGACGUCCCGUCCUUCGGCCCUCCCAUCCCAGAGGACGUGUCCUUCCCAAAGUCCUCCGUGUUCCGGGACUUCCUCUUGGCCAAGAUCAUCAACGCAGAGAACGCCGCCCACAAAUCGCACAAGUUCCGCGCCAUGGCGACACGGACACGUCAGGAGUACCUCAGAGACCUGGCAGAGCGCCACACCACGUCGACCCCCAUCGACCCGUCCGGGAAAUUCCCCUUCAUCUCAUUGGCUCACAAGAGGAAGGAGAAGAGUCGUCCGUACGCGGGGGCGGAGCUUCGGAGCCUCGGCGCCAUCACGUGGGCGGUCCACGCCGAGGAUCAUGGGGCGGGAGGAGAGCUCGAAGCACUAUUGGCUAUCUCCAACGACUUCCUCAUCCUAUUGGAUCAGGAGGCCAAGGCCGUGGUGUUUAACUGUGCUACUAAGGACGUGAUUGGCUGGACGCUGGGGAGUCCCGCCUCCAUGAGGAUCUUCUAUGAGAGAGGGGAGAGUGUGUCUCUGAGGUCUGUCAGUAACAACACAGAGGACUUCAGAGAGGUGGUGAAACGACUGGAGUACCUGACGAAGGGUUGUGAGACGUCUGAGAUGACACUACGUCGUAACGGGCUGGGCCAGCUGGGUUUCCAUGUCAACUACGAGGGCAUCGUGGCAGAGGUGGAGUCAUACGGGUACGCCUGGCAGGCGGGGCUGAGGCAGGGCAGCCGAUUGGUCGAAAUCUGCAAGGUUGCCGUGGCGACACUGACCCACGAACAGAUGAUCGACCUGCUGAGGACGUCGGUCACCGUCAGGGUGGUCAUCAUCCCGCCACACGAAGACGCUACGCCACGCAGAGGUUGCUCUGAGCUCUACCGUAUGCCAGUGGUUGAGUAUAAGAGCAGUGGUGAGAGUGGUUCGUUUGACUACAAGUUCCCGUUCCGCAGCAAAGACAACAAGUGGCAGAGAACCUCCAGUAGCCCCCAGCAGUCCCUGACGGCCUCCCCCCAGCCGCACACCCCCAACCGGGCCGUCAGCCUGGGGAGCUCUGGGGGGAAGACCCUGUCUGCUGAACGCCCAGAGAGAAACGCUGCUAUACCACGCAGUGUUAGUAGUGAUGGACGGCCGCUGGAUACCAAGAGAAUGUCUCCAGGCAGUGAGAACUAUGCCGUAACCUCCUCUCUGGCUCUGGGCCGUUCUCCUCACAACCGGUCUUCCCCCUCCAACCUCUCCUGCUCCACUGACACCUCACAGCACUGGAGGACUCAGAAGUCUAUGCCUGAGGGGUUCGGAGAACGCAGACAACACUCUCCUUUAUCUACGGAGCGGCAGGUGGUGGGAGAAGGAGGGGCUAGCGGCAAGUCCACACCAAAUUGGCCGAGAGUAGAGGAAGGGGGUGGGUCCGACAGAGGUUCUACAGGUGAGAUUGACCAAUGGGAGAGAGGGAUUUGUUAA